GGGACUUUCAGUCAAAAGCAAAUGAAUGAAAAAUUUGAAAUGUUUAUGGAGUGAUGGUUUAGACAACAUAUUGAUCUUAAAUCAGGACAAUAAUUUUGAAGAUGCCUUCUAUGAAUACAAAAGCAGCUUCUUUCACGAUAGAAUGUCACGAUAUUGCACAGGUUGUUGAGUUUUCUCCAUUCGAAUGGUCCAGCCAACUUUUGGCGAUCGGGACGACAUCUCGUGUUGCUGUUGUUAACUGCUCUCUGAAGGAAGAUGGUGACCUUCAACAUGAAAGUGUUCGAGACUUUCAUCAUGGAUGUCGUGUUUCUGCCCUUGCUUGGAGCCCACAGACUUCAUUAACUGACCUUCCCAGAUCACUAAAGUUCUGUACUGGUGGGUCAGAUAAAAAGCUUAGAAUAUUUUCAUCAGAUUUAAAAGAUGAUGACCGCGUCAAGAUCUUGGAAGGCCAUGAGAACUAUAUCAACAGCGUAUGCUAUGAGCCCGAUACAGGCUCUCAGGUUGCGAGUGUCAGUGAUGAUUAUACUUGCCGAAUCUGGAGUACAGAAGAUGGUCACCAGAUGGCAGUAUAUCCUCUUGGUGCCCCAGGAAUGACAGUUGCUUGGCAUCCACAGGAUCCUUUAAAAUUGCUAGUUGCGGAGAAGGGAGGAAUGAUAAGAAUCUACAGUAUCAGCAGUAAUCAGCCAAUCAUGUCACUCAGUAGUGGACACACCCCCUUGAUGUCAUGUGAUUGGUCACUUAGCAACCCAAUAAAAAUUGUUGCCAUGGUACCUGGUAGUUAUCUAGUGUUCGAUACAACAACUUCCAGCUACCCCAUAUGUAAGAAACAAGUGCACAGUGAGGGAGGCCAAACAGUAAGGGUGGCUAGAUGUAGUGAGAAUCUUGUUGCCACCCUGGGGAGGCCCAGAUCUCAGAUUAAAGUCACAAAUACCAGAAAUGAACAGGUUGUUUUUGAGGAGAGCUGUCAUGUUCUUAAUGGCCUAAGCUGGCAUCACCAUUCAUCGCUACUGGCUGCUGGAGGAGAUCGUAAAGUCCAUAUAUGGCAUAUCAUGUAACAUUUGUAAUUUUGUUAACAGUAAAGAUUAUGUGUGCUAUUAUAUAUAGCAUAUUAGCAUAAUUGUAUAACAGGAAAAAUAGUUCAUGCCAUUUGAUAUGUGACAUUGUUGUUAUACAGAUUCACUAAUCUGGAAAGACAGACAGGAGAACAUUAAUCAUGUCUAUCAUAGCAUACUAACUGGGAUUGAAAUACCAGGAUGUAGCCAGGAUAUAUAUAGGUGAGG